AUGGGAUCCUCUUCCCCUUACCUCUAUAUUACCUGUGCAGAGGCUCUCUCCUCUUACAUAGAUAAUCUUCAAAGGAAUGGUACUCUGAGAGGUAUAAAAAUUUGUAAAAAUGCCCCUGAGAUGACCCAUCUUCUGUUUGCUGAUGACUCUCUUCUAUUCACUACUGCUACCAUAAAAAAUUUCACUGCCAUAAAAAACUAUCUCCAAAAGUACCGCCUAGCUUCUGGGCAGGAAAUUAAUUUUGAUAAGUCUGGUAUUUUAUUCAGUAGAAGAAUCCCUGAACAUAGGAAGGAUGCUAGAACUACUUUGGUUAAACAUAGUGGGAAAGCCAUUCCUCUUUUUCAGAUGGGGGCUUUCUUAAUCCCACAACAUCUUUGCAGACAAAUGGAUGCUCACCUCUGCAAAUUUUGGCGGGGAGAGACUCUGGAUCCAAAAGAUAGGAAACUUCACCUUUUGGGUUGGGAUAUUCUAUGCUCUCCUAAAUAUGAAGGUGGUUUGGGAUUCAGAAAAGCUGAAAUAAACAAUCUUGCUAUGUUAGUUAGGAAUGUCUGGAAUAUUAUUGAAAAUCCUGAUUGCAUGCUAGCCAAGAUUUUAAAAGCUAGAUAUUUCCCUAGAACUGAUAUUCUGAAUGCUAAGUGCCCUGACAAGUGUUCUUGGACCUGGAAAUGCUUACAUGCUAUUAAGGAGCUGAUAAAACCUUUUAUUUCCUGGAUUUUUUUGCAUAAACACCUCUUUCUUUUCUCAAAAAAAAUUUCAUCAGUAGCUCAUGUUCUGGCUUCGGAUCAAAACUCCAGAUUGCCUGAUGACUCUCAAAGUCUCUUUGUUGCCAUCAUGUGGUCUCUUUGGACUAGUAGAAACAAUUUGGUUUUUCAAAAUGUGUCUGAAAAUCAUACUUCUGUCUUAGAAAGAGCUAAAGCUAUGCUUCUCACUAGGAAAACUACCACUAUUGCUACUCUUACUACCCCUAUUUCUCUAAGUCACAAAUGGAUGCCCCCUUUGUUUGGAUGGAUAAAAUGCAACACAGAUGGAGCCUUUGAUGACAUUACUGGAUAUAAUGGUGCAGGCUAUGUGAUGAGAAACUUUACAAGCAAGGCCUCUUUCUGUGCUGCUAUGGUGUUUGAAGUUUCAUCUGCAGAAGAAGUGGAAGCCAGAGCUAUCUGGGGAGUUCUCAAAAAAGCAGUGGAUCAGAAGAUGACUCAUUUAAUCAUAGAAAGUGAUGCUAAAAAGUUGGUGGAACAAUUUUCUUCUGGUUCUUUUGAUGGUGAUCCUAGGACAUAUGCCAUUUUUAAAGACAUUAAGUUGUUUUCUUCUAAACUGUCUGCUUGUAUCUUUAGUUUUCAACAUAGAAUUUGUAAUUCUGUCGCUCAUGAGUUAGCUCAAUGGGAAAAACAUAAGAAAGCCUCUACGUACUGGUUUGUGCCUCCUGCUUGGCUUGCACCAACAGUUGAGGGGGACUAUUAG